GAAGGAAUCAGGGCACAGCUGAGCCGGGCCGCCUGGAAAGGUGGCGGCUGCCCUAGGAAGGGACAGUGGAGGCCGGGCGGCAGGUGCUGGGAGCCCGUCACGGCCCAGCAGCAGCCCUGGCCGUGUGAAGGGCGCCGUCUGUUGGGAUCGUCGGACUUGGGGACGCCAGCUGAGUGACCAUGGACACAUGUCUUUGGUGUUCCUCUCCCGCAAAAGGAGCAGACGGGCCGAGACUUGGCUGGCUGCCUUUCUGCUUCCAGGCCUCGGAGUUUGACAAGGGGAACGGUCGUUCCAUGGGCUUUCUUCCCCCAGUGUCCCCGGCUCCUUUUUCUUCCCUCCGGUCUUGCUCAGAGCCUCGGCGGUCGGCCAGGAAGUCCAAGGCCAAGCCAAAUGGGAAGAAGCCCACUGCCGAAGAGAAGAAGCUGUACUUGGAGCCGGAAUACGCCAAGUCAAGGAUCACAGACUUUGAGUUCAAGGACCUGGUGGUGCUGCCACGGGAGAUCGACCUCAAUGAGUGGCUCGCCAGCAAUACGACCACUUUCUUCCACCACAUCAACCUCCAGUAUAGCACAAUCUCCGAAUUCUGCACGGGAGACACCUGCCAGACUAUGGCCGUGGGCAACACGCAAUACUACUGGUAUGAUGAGCGGGGCAAGAAGACCAAGUGCACGGCCCCCCAGUACGUCGACUUUGUCAUGAGCUCGGUGCAGAAGCUGGUGACAGACGAGGACGUCUUCCCUACCAAAUACGGCAAGGAAUUCCCCAACUCCUUCGAGUCGCUGGUCAAGAAGAUCUGCAGAUACCUGUUCCACGUACUGGCGCACAUAUACGCAGCGCACUUCAAGGAGACCCUGGCCUUGGAGCUGCACGGACAUUUGAACACCCUCUACACACACUUCAUCCUGUUCAUCAGGGAGUUCAACCUGGUUGACUCCAAGGAGGUCACGGUCAUGGACGACCUCACAGAGGUCCUGUGUAGUGGGGGCGGUGGGGGCGGGAAUGGCGAUGGGGGUGGCAGCGGCAGCGGAGGGGCACAGAACCACGUGAAGGAGAGAUGAGUCUUCCGGGAGGACCGGGACACCCACGGACCUUUGAAAAGAGAAACCAACCCUAGUCUAUAUUUCUGCACGUGCUUGUGCGCGUGGGUGUGCGCGUGUGUUUGUGUGUGUGCACGCGUGCGUGGCUCUGCGGGUAUGUAUGCAUGCACACACCCGCGCACACCCGCACGCACCUGCACGCUCACGGACUCAGCAGUGGACGUUCAGGAGAUGGGGCAGCAGAUAUCCCCCGGACUCGUGGGACGGGCGCCAUCGCUGCGCUGAUGACAUUGGGGCUUGUCCUGGUUCCCUGCUUGUGGCUGGAUCGGGGGGCGUGGGGGAGACCCCCACUGGAGCCGGUCCGUAUUUCAUUCUGUUCUGGGCUUUUUCCUGUCCUUGGUUUCCUGUGCGGAGAAGUCGUUCCCAGCAUUCUGUUCUGAAAAGUGACUUUUCCUUUUGAAGUGGACGGAUGGCCUGGGCUUCUUUCCUUUGGUUUCAUUUUUACCUGGAUUCCCCCCAAGCUACCCGGCCUCUGGCACCUGGAGGGCUUCCAGCCGAGCCCAGGGCUGCUCUGCUCCUCCUGCUCCAGAUUCACAACUGACCGAGUGGGCAUGGCCAGGGGGAAAGAAGGGGUGGGGGGGAGUCACAGGAGAACGGGCCAAGGCCUUGAUAUCACUAUGUCGGCUUCUUUUAGUUCAUCUUCAAUAAUGAUAAUAAUAAUAAAAAAAAAAUCCUCCAA